AUGGCAUUAUCCAAAAUGGACAUUCCACCCAGAGCCCAACACUUUUUAGAGUGUGACAUCGAAGAAUGUGAAAAAAACUGUGAGUUUUAUUGUAAUAAUUGCCAUUUAGGGUUAUGCAAACAAUGCAAAGGGGAACAUCUGAAAAGUCCAAAAAAGAAAAACCAUGAAGUGGUCCUGUACCAGCAACGCAAAAGACAACUUCCUGUGGAGAAAUGUGAUAUCCACCCUACUAAAGAUGUGGACAUGCUCUGUGAAGAAUGCCAAGUUGCAGUAUGUUCUAAAUGUGCCACACUGGCAGACCAUCGAAGGCAUAUAUUUAUUGAUUUGGAAACUGUUUAUGCAGAAAAAUAUAAAGUUUUUCAAGAAGAUAUUUCCAAAAUCCACGAGUACUUUCUCCCUACAUCAAAAACUUUGAAAAAAGAAAUAAAAAAAGAUUCAUCAGAAAUCAAACAGGUUAUGGACACCAUCAGAACAUCAAUGAAGACUGAAGGUGAGACCCUGAAAAGUCUGGUGGACACAGUCAUAUCUGAUAACCUGAGGCAGCUAGACCAGAUAGAGUAUUCACUUUUAGAAGAUCUUAAAUCCCAAGACAGGACCGUGGAUGAUUACAUCACUUAUCUUAAUAACCUUCUUAAAGAGCUUCACAGAUACCUGUCCCCUACAGAACACAAGAAAUUAAUGUCUGAGAAGAAGCCAGAGAUCCAACCCAUACCAGAGACAACAAAACCAGUCACACCAGGAUUUACUGCUUGUCAGUACACCAAAAGUGAUGUCGCCAAACUACUUGGUAAAACACACAUCCCCAACACUAAAGGAGAGAAGAGAGAAAUUACUUGUGAGACCAUGGAGAGUGUUUACAACCCAGCAGUGAAAUCUGCAUAUAAACAGAUGAAAGAAAACAGAAAGAAAUCUGACAAGAAACAAACAAUGUCUCUAUCUGCCUCUGUCACCAAGGUCAGGGAGUUCAGGGUACCAGGUGUUGAUGAUGUACAACAUAUUUCACUAGAUCAAUCAGACAGACUCUGGAUCAGUGAUGAUGAAGGUAACCUUGUCCAAACAGAUCUACAGGGGAAUGAGAUACAGAAGAUAGAAACCAGUGGUAGACGUGAAGGUUAUCACACAGUGACAGGGGACAGAAAUCUGAUCUUUGCAGACCAAUACAAAAACGUCAUCAAUAGGAUAACACAGGAUAACAAAAUCACAGAAUUCAUUAGAACUGGAGACUGGGCACCAAUCAGCAUACACUCCUCCCACAUCAAUGGGGACUUACUAGUGGGGAUGGUGACAGAUGAAGAGGCUAAAGUUGCCAGGUACAACAAGUCAAGGAAAAAACUACAGAAAAUACAGAGAGAUAACACAGGACAGGGACUAUAUAGUACACCACGCUACAUCACAGAAAAUAUCAAUGGAGAUAUCUGUACAUCAGACUUCAGUAAAAAGGCAGUAGUGGUGGUGAAUAAAUCAGGACGACACAGGUUCUCCUACACAGGUCAGGGGUCAAUGUUCUUUCCCUAUGGAAUUUGCACUGAUGUCCUCGGUCACAUCCUGGUGUGUGAUGGACACUUUGUAAAUAACACUGUUCACCUCCUUGAUCAGGAUGGUCAAUUCUUGUCUCUUUUACUCACACAAAAACAAGGGGUAGGCUGUCCUUGUAGUGUGUGUGUGGAUGAUGAGAACAAUCUCUAUGUUGGACAACAAAUCUUCAACAGACUGAAAGUGUACAAGUACUAG